CAUGGCUCUGUCCAAAAACAAGUGGUCUUGAGCUGAAUGGUGCAACAAUGUUGCUUUAUUGUGUGUUUUUCUUAUUUUACCUGAAUGUCAAAGAUGAUGUGCUGUGUGUUCAAAGCAAGCCAGGACUCUCCGUCGGCGUAGAACCUGAGACGAUCGUUCCGCUGGCGGCAGAGAGCUCGAGCUGUGGCUGCCACAACCUGAAGAGAGAUGCAGUUGUGGAUAUCGAGAAGGAAAGCUCCAUAAUAACAGAAAACCCUUCUGUCAAAUACUCGAAAAAGUCAAAUGAAAGGCAUACAGACACUCAGACGAAUGGGGAAGAAUCAGAUACUCGUAGUCAGAUGGUCCUGAUCCCAGGAGGGGAGUUCCUGAUGGGUACAGACAAUCCUGGCAUCCCUCAGGACGGGGAGGGUCCCCAGAGGAGGGUGCACCUGGACCAUUUCUACAUGGACGCUCAUGAGGUCAGCAACCGCCACUUCCAGAGCUUCAUCAAUGCCACGGGCUACAUCACUGAGGCAGAGAGGUUUGGAGAUUCAUUUGUGUUCGAGGGGGUGUUGAGUGAGGAGGUCAAAAGCCAGAUAUCCCAGGCAGUGGCUGCUGCCCCCUGGUGGUUGCCUGUCAGAGGAGCAGACUGGAGGCACCCUGAGGGCCCCGACUCCAGCAUCACAGGCAGGCUGGACCACCCUGUUCUGCAUGUGUCGUGGCAGGACGCUGUGGCCUACUGCUCCUGGGCCCACAAGAGACUACCCACAGAGGCUGAGUGGGAGUACGCCUGCAGAGGGGGCCUACAGGACAGACUUUACCCGUGGGGGAACAAACUGAAACCUAAAGGACAGCACUACGCCAACCUCUGGCAGGGAAAGUUCCCCACACACAACUCAGAAGAGGACGGGUACACCAAAACCUCACCAGUGAAGUCAUUUCCUGCAAAUGGCUAUGGCCUGUACAACAUGGUAGGGAAUGCAUGGGAGUGGACAUCUGACUGGUGGACUGUACACCACACCACAGAUGAACGGCACAACCCGGCAGGUCCACCAUCAGGCACAGACCGAGUGAAGAAAGGAGGCUCCUACAUGUGCCAUAAGUCAUACUGUUACAGGUACAGGUGUGCAGCACGGAGUCAGAACACCCCUGACAGCUCUGCCUCUAACCUAGGGUUCCGCUGUGUCUCCCAGGAGCAGCCGUAACCUUUUACCCUUGACCCUGACAUGGGUAGUCUGACUUUUCCCUUUUUGUACCAUUCGCCAUUGGCUCUAGUCUAGGGUGCUAACUCUGCCUAUCUUGCCCGCCAGGCGAAACAAAUCAAGUGCACCUCUUCAUACAGCCAGUGAUGUCAGUGUUCUUCAUGAAAUGCAGGAUUACCGCAUGACAUGUGGAUAUUUAUGGAAUAUAUUUUGUUGUAAAAUAUUUAAAAAAUGUCUAUGUGAAUGAAUAAAUAUUCAAAGGGAACAUGUGUGAGGUGACAUAUUGUUUUGGUAUGAAGACAUUUCACAGAUUGAUUUAGUAGAACUCUUAUUAUGUAAACUUUAGCCAAGUCCCCUGUUCUUGCUAUGAAAUAAAGACAAAAACUCACAUAUUUCCUAUGCUCUUUAUAUCCAAGUGAACAGAAUAUCUGGUACAAUUAUAAUUAAAAUGAACCAAAUGCAUUUAACAUUAUUCGUCAAAAUUCCCAAUAUUACCUAUAAAUUGCCAUCACCUAUUGUAAAAAAUACACUGUUGUUUAUUAUGCUCUCAUUACGUAGUCACUCUGUUAGACAGUAGAAGUUUGCCAAUAUUUAAAUAGUUCUCAAUUGUUGUUUCUGUGCCUUUCUGUGAUCAAUGGAAUAGAACAUCCUCUUUUAAUUUGUUUAUUUUAUUUCAGAAUGAAAUGUGAUUAAUUUAUAUUUAA